AUGAAAAAUAGUGAUUUCAUACAUCGAAUCGAUAUCUUUGAUCAAAAUCACUUUUCCAAAAAUCUUCCAAGUCAUCAGAUGUAUUCUGGAAAUUUCAACAAAUCAAAUCAAUUGAAUACUUUCAAUGUUUAUGCAGAAGCCCGUAGCUUAUUGAAUGAAUGGAUGAUUAAAAAUACUUUGGACAUUGAAGAUUUAGAUAGCGGGACCGAUGAUUUUAAGCCAAUUACUCCUAGUCGAAAAGAAAUUAAAAGAGAAUGGGACCAUCUAUUUAAAGACAACAAUCUGAAGAGUGACUUUUCAGAUGACUAUGAAGUUGAUAAUCACAUGAAAAAUAAUCACUAUACAGAACAUAAUUCUAAAGACCUAGAUUUACCCCACAUUGGUUAUACACGCCAACGUCAGUCUACAUUGGAAAAAAUUCUCUUACGUCAAGAAGAGGCUAAAGCACGACGUGAACUACGACAAAAAGAAUUAGAAUCUCGUCGUAUUCUUGAAGCUACUAAUCGUCAAAUAAAAGCACAAAUUUUGUACAAAGCAAAACAAGACGAAAAAAUGAGGCAAGCAGAAGAAAGACGAGAAGAAGAACUAAUUAAACAGGAGAUGGUUCGAAUUCGAAACGAAUUAGAACAAGAAAAACAGGCAGCGAAAAACUACAGGUAUUCUGAUUUAUCAUGUCUUUCUGUUAAUUCCGAUGAUGACAAUAAAUCAUUUACUACGACUGCACGUGUUGAAUCUCAUCAGACUAGAAAUGCGGAAUACUUAAUGAAAUUGACAUUCAAUGCAUGGUAUAAUGUAAUUUAUAAUAUAAAAAUUCAAUUCACAAUGUUACAAGCUAAAAAUGAAUUUCAUCUAAAAAAAACUUAUUUUAAUUAUUGGAAAUUAAAAAUUCACCAAAUUAAUUAUAAUCGUGAUAUUGAAAAAGCGAAAAUAGAUUCUAUAGAAGUAAUAAAAAAAGAAUAUAGAGCUAAACAGUUUCAUGAAAAUUUUCUAUUGAAACAAUGUUUUACACGUUGGAGUUGUACAAUACGAAUGGAGAAAUCAACUCAUACUUUAUUGAACAAUCAUCAAACAAAAACAUUAACAUCUGAUAAUGAUAAUAAUAAUAAUAAUGAAACUAUACCACUUGGUAAUCGUAUAUGUUUAACUGAUAGAAAAUCGCAAAAAUCAAAGACUGUAAAUACCAACAAAGCGUGUUUGAAAUCAGCGAAUUCAUCUCCUUCAGUUGAAGACUUGAUAUCUGGUGAUUUUACUCUGGAUCAUUACAAAAGUGAUAGAAAAAAUAAUCGAAUACUAUCCGCUCAAUCAAGUGUAAUGAAACCGAUUUUAAAUCAAACUAUUAUACAACAACGUAAUAUUAUUGCUGCACAAAAUCGUGAAAUUAAUGCAUUAAAAGCAGCACAUCGUUAUUCAGAAUGGUUAUUAGAAGCACGAGCACAUAAAUUAGCUAAAACUAUAAUAGAAAAAACUAAUACAAAAAUUAAUGAAGCUGAUAAAUCUUCCCCUGAAUUGAAUGAAUCACCAGUGCACGUUGAAAACGGUACAGAUGAUCAAGUUCAUUCUCAACUAAUAUCAAACGAAAUGAAAAGUCCCAUUAGUGAUAAUCAUUUAUCAGGAUCAAAAACUAUAUCGAUUAAUAAAAAAAACUCAUUUAUUCAAAAAAUGGAAGAAAGAGCAGCUGAACGUGCUCGUCGACGUGCAUUACAAGAAGAAAGAAGACGUGAAAAUGAACAAAAGAAAAAAGAACAGUUAGCUAAACAGUUAGAAGAAGAAGCUAACAGAAUCAAACAAGAAAAGAUAAUGUUGAAGAAUGAACAAAAAGAAAAGAAGAUACGUGAAGAAGAGUUAAAACAACAAAAAGAAUUAAAAUUAGCUUAUCAACGUGAACUGAACUUAAAAGUUACUAUGCAUAGAAAUAUUUCGUGUUUACGUUAUUAUGGUCUUAAACCAUGGAUAAACUAUGUAUUAAAACAACAUGAAUUAAUUCAAAUGGCCAAUUGUUAUGAAAAGAAAACAAUAAUGAGAAAUACAUUUCACACUUGGUUACUACAUUUAAAAAUUAAAUAUGAACAAGAAACUAAAUUUGUUCAAUGUCAUUACAAUGUAUUGCUAAUGAAAAAAUCUAUAAAAGCACUUCAGAAGGCUUGUGAAAUACGUAAAGAGAAUGAGACUUUUGCUAACAAAUGGUAUCAUAAACAGCUUCUACGAAGUAGUUUUUCAUUUUGGGUUCAGUACGUAAAUGAUCUUUGCAUUCAAGAAUGGCAACAAGAGGAAACUGCUUUGGAACAUUAUAACAGGCAUCUAUUGUAUGUUUAUUUUAAAAUUUGGAUUGAUUUUCCAAAUCUACAACGUGUACAGCGUGAACGAGAAUAUCGUCGUGAACAAUUUCGUAAAUGUCUACUUGAUAUUAUACCUGAUUUUAAUCCACCUAAACAAGAUAUCAAUGAAAUGGACUAA